AUGGGGAAGGGUCUCUCGUACUCUGGGGAGGCCAAGGCGAAGAACAAUAAGGCCAAGAAGGCGCCGUCUGCUUUCGCACUCGAGGAGGAGCGGAGGGCGAAGGCUGCGGCAGAGGUUCGCGCACAGGAGGAGAGGGCGGCGCAGCUGGCUGCUGAGCAGGAGGCGGCGAGGCGGGCGGAGCGGGAGGCGGCAGAGCUAGCGGGUGCGGCAGAGCAGGCGGCGCUGCGCGAGGAUGCGGAGCUGGCGGAGGCGCUGCGCUGGUCAGAGGCGGAUGCGGAGGAGGCGUUGGCGCGUCGGGUGUCGCGGUGCGAGGAGGCGGUGAGCAGCGAGUCGACCGGCGGCGGCGGGGAUUUGCCGCGGCGUGUCGAGCGGCUGGAGGCGAGCCUCGGCACGGCGACUGCGGGCAGCCUCGAGGAGCGGGUCAGCGCCAUCGAGCGCUUGAUCGGGCCAGAGGCGGGAGAGGCGGCGGAGCAGCAUCUGCCAGUCACCGAGCCGCUUUAG